UAAAAGCUCAAACCGUACAAACAAUUUUAUUUUUUCCCUCUUCUCAGGCAUUGCCUUCUGACAUCAACUCUUUUGUGUCACAUUUUAUAAUAAAUUCGCUUAAAUCUGUAUUUACAUUGUUAUUUAUUUCCCCCUGCUUUAGUUUGUGGGUUUCUGUAGAGGUGUCAGAGACAAGAGCUGCAAAAAAAAAAGCCAGUCUCCCUCCACAACCAGAAGUUACAGAGAGAUGCAGUCAUAAUAUGAACACUUGAACAGACAAGAAGAGAGAGAGAAGAGAGAGAGGGGUGGGCAUGCGGCACCAUAAUCAGAACCAUUAGUUUGCUUAUCCAUUGCAGAAGAUUCUGCAACCCAAAUGGUCUCUGAAAUAAAUAUACAGUACCAGACUUACGCUAUACUCGGAGGGCUCUAGUAAUAACCUAAACAGAGGUUCCUCCCACUCCCCCGCCUGGUGUUUCAUCAUCUCCCUUGAGCUCUGUCUUGCUGUUGCUGCGCUUUGAGGUUCCUUUGGUGUUUUUCUUAACUGAUAAAUCCACUUGGUUUAUCCAUUUUAAGUAUGAGCGCCAGAAGUAUGUUUCCCUUCACCUCAGCCCAGUGGCAGGAGCUUGAACAUCAAGCUCUCAUCUUCAAAUACAUGGUUUCUGGCAUCCCUAUACCUCCUGAUCUCCUCUUCAGUAUUAAAAGAAGUACCUUGGACUCUUCUUUCACUUCUAAGCUCUUCCCCCACCACCCUCAGCAUGUUGGAUGGAACUAUUUACAGAUGAGUUUGGGGAGGAAAAUAGACCCGGAACCAGGCAGGUGCAGGAGAACUGAUGGGAAGAAAUGGAGAUGCUCAAAAGAGGCAUAUCCAGAUUCGAAAUACUGUGAGAGGCACAUGCACAGAGGGAAAAAUCGUUCAAGAAAGCCUGUGGAUGUUUUGAAAACAACAGCAACAAAUGACAUAAACCAUCUCUCAAAUCCAGCAUUUUCUUCCCUAACCAACAACUCAUCCAUGCUCUCCUAUAGGCCCUUCCCCGCUCAUCAAAUAUCUUUAACUCCUAAUGGAAAUGCCAUAUCAACCCAAGACACUAGUACCCUCCUGCUUCUGGAGUCUGGUUCUUACUCGGAUAGAAACCCAGAUUACAGAAGAAGUAGGUACACUUAUGGGCUAAGAGAGGAUGUAGAUGAGCAUGUUUUCUUCUCACAAGAGCCUUCUGAAACUACUUCGAGAACUGAUUUCUCUGCUUCAUCCAUGGCUGAUUCUCUGCAACUUACACCACUAUCAAUGAGUUGUUCUUCUCUAUACCCAAAACAGAACAACUGCUCCUCUUUGCAGAAUGAUCAGUCUUGCUAUCAGAUUCAUGAGAGCCUCACAGACCCUUUGAAGCAACAAAAGAGAGACGAAUCACAGAAGACAGUUCAUCGAUUCUUCGAUGAAUGGCCUCCAAAAGAAAGAGGAUCAUGGCUUGAUUUCGAUGAUAAAACGUCAAAUAAUGGCUCAGUUUCCACCACUCGGCUCUCAAUUUCCAUUCCCACCGCUUCCAACGACUUCCCCAUUUUCAGAUCCAAAAACCCAUAAUGCCAAAACUCCUUAACUUUUUUUUUUCUUUAAAUCUUUUUGCUUUUAUCCAUAGUCGGUUUGUUCCGGUGCUUGAUCUCCAAGGGUGACCCCAGCUGUUCCUUAUUGAAAUUUCUUUUGUUCUCAAGGAUGUACUUCCUGCUGAAUUUUCACCCAUUCUUUUUUCUUAUGUAGGGUGUGGUUAAAUUGGGCCAUGGGGUUGUUUAUUAAACGAAUGUUCCAUCUUUUUUUGUGUA